CCCGUGCCUUCAUAAAAUAAUUGCGUAAAAAUAGUAACAUGGCUGACUAGAUUGCGCAUAUUGUUAAAAAGAUCAUUCACAUUUUAUUUUGAUGUCUCGGUGAGUCUCGGGAGAGGGGCUGCUGAGCUGCACAGCGGGCAGAGAGGGACAGAGGCAGAGAAGGCAGCCUGCAAAAGGAAGCACGACUCGCUUAUCGCGUCAUUCUGGGUUUAGGCGUUGAGCAGGAAGCAGCCUUUCCUCUUGGAUUGUCGCCGUAUAGGAACAAACACACAUUUUUGUCUUUGCUCAAUGCACCCCUCGGCACAGAACACGCGGAAGCCAGUCAGAAGGAAAAAUGCCUCCUUCGAUGGAGAUAGCUGUUCUGCUUCUCGGCGUCUUGGCUUUGGAGACGCGCAGGAGUGCCAGCGCGCUGCACAUCCAACAGGCGUUCACGUCUCCAAACCACACCAAUAACUUCGUAGUGGACCCGGUGUCCAGGAAGGUCUACCUGGCUACAGUGAACACGGUCUACCAGCUCAACGGGACCCUGAGUUUGGAGGUGGAACAGAGGACAGGACCGGUGGAGGACAACCUGUUGUGCCAUGCGCCACAGCUGCCUCAGGCUCCGUGCGAGCAUCCCAAAUCCCUCACCGACAACUACAAUAAGCUGCUGGAGCUGGACCGGGAGCAGGGGGUGGUGGUGGUGUGUGGAUCCGUGUAUCAGGGCUUCUGCGAGCUGAGGAAAAUGGGGAAUGUUUCCGAGAUAGCGGUGGAGUUCCCACCCCAAGGAGAAAAGACAGUUUUCCCCAGCAUGCUCAACAUCGCUGCCAACCACCCGAACGCGUCCACGGUCGGGCUCAUCUUCAGGAGCCACGGUGGGAACACCCGGCUCCUGGUUGGGGCCACCUACACCGGAGCUGGGACCCAAUUCUUCCCCAAAAACCACAGCAAGGAAGACUUACGUUUUGAGAACACGCCUGAGAUCGCCAUCCGCUCCUUAAACAUCAAGGAUUUAUCCAGACUUUUCACCUAUGACAUCAACCCGUCAGAGGAUAACGUGUUCAAGAUCAAACAAGAGGUCAAACCCAAAAACAAGCUGAACUUCGUCCACGCAUUCAUCCAGAAGACUUAUUCAUACAUUGCCUUUAAUAAUGAUGCAAAAAUGGGUCACAAGGAGAGCCAGCCCAACAGCAUGCUCUCCAGGAUCUGUCUGGAUACCGAGAGCCGCCGAAAGUCCAGCGGGCCGGACAGCAGGAAGCUCACCGAGUCCUACAUCCAGAUGCCUUUACAGUGCGGCUCCAACGGGGACAUUUACAACCGGCUGCUGUCCGUGUACCCGGCCGAGAUCCAGGCGGGGCCCGGGAGGGGCCCGGAGUCAUACCUGUUCGGAGUGUUCUCCAAAGCGGACAGAGAGUCUGCUUUGUGCGCGUUCAGGUUCAGAGACAUAGAAGAGGAGAUCCGACAGGCGCGCAGGAAUUGCUCCAACUCCCCCAGCAGCGACGUCCAGGUCCUGGACAGUGUGAUCCAGGGCUCCGGGGCCGCCUGCAUCCAGAAGGGGAACCUGGUGUUGCAGCCCGAGCAGCUGGACUGUGGCGCGGCCCACCUGCAGCAUCCUUUGGCUCUACAGAGGCCCCUGAGGGCCAGUCCUCUCUAUGAAAACCAGGGCCUGACUUCAGUUUCAGUUGACAGCGUCCACAACCACACUGUGGUUUUUCUGGGAACCAGUAAUGGACGGCUUUGCAAGCUGACCCUCCUGCUGAACAUGACCUUGGCCUAUCAGAGGACACUAAAGCUGCCAGCCAGCGAAGCGGUCCACCACAUCAUGACCUUCGACCCCAACGACAGCAACUUUCUUUAUGUCAUGACCUCUCACCACAUGCUGAGGGUCAAAGUGGCUGAAUGUGACCAGUGGAAGAGUUGCAGCAGCUGUUUGGGAGCGGGCGACGCCCACUGUGGGUGGUGCACUUUAGAGAACAGAUGUACCAUCCAGAAGGAGUGUGCUCGAGGGCUGCUGGCUCGCUCUUGGAUCACCCUGGGUGAAGGCCCCCAGCAGUGUCCUUCCAUUACCCUGACACCCCCAGAGAUCAGCAUCUCUGCCAACAUCAAGGAUGUUGGCAUCCUGAUAAAUGGCAGUGUUCCUGAUCUGAUUGGCUCACGGGUGGAGUGCGAAUACAGACCUGGAAUUUCUACUGCUGCCACGUUGCACCUGGACUACGGUCCCGCCCAGAUCCAGACAUGCCCCCUUCUUCCUCGAGAGAACUACCGGCCAAUCCCCCCAAGGACAGACCACCUGACUGUUUCUGUAGCCAUAAAAGUGAACGGCACAUCUGUGGUAUCUGGGAGCUUCAUCAUCUAUGACUGCGAGAGGACUGGAGCCAUACACCCAAAGACAUCGUGUAUGAGCUGCCUGAGCACGAGGUGGAAGUGUUACUGGGACCAGGAGAACCACCUCUGUCUCUCCAGUAAAGAUGAGACAAAGGAAAACCUGCUGGAGAGCGCAGCUUCCUGCCCAAGCCUGAUUGCCUCAGAUGUUCCUCCAUCACCGUCAGGAGCAGCCCAAGAUUUCACGCUGUCCCUGAGCAACAUCCAGGAGAGGGAGGAUCUGGAGUGUGACUUUGGGACUGAUCAGCGCUAUGAGGCCACAUGGCUGGACAACUCAACUGUCAAGUGCAGCGGGGUGGUGCUGUCCACUGCUCAGAGAAGUCAGGUUUACCACCUCAAUCUCAGGAGGAGAGGAUACUUCACCAGUCAGCCGGAGGAUAUAUUCCUGGACAGCCCUCAGCCCAUGAAAGUGGAGGUGUAUAACUGCGGAGUGGGUAGCUCAGACUGUUCUCAGUGCUGGGGCCGCGAGGACCAGGGACACCUCUGUGGCUGGUGUGAAAACAGCUGCAGGCCGCGGGACGAUUGUCAGCCAAUCACGGAUCCGUGUCCUGCUCCAGAAAUCCAUAAGAUCUCCCCCCUGAGGGGUCCGACAGAAGGAGGCACGCUGCUCACAGUACAAGGCAGGAACCUGGGUCAGAGGCCUGCAGGAGUCAAGAUCUUUAUAGGAGAUGUUCCGUGUGAUCUGCUUCCUCAGCAUUACACCGUCUCUGUCGAGCUGGUGUGUCGCACAGGGAGGUCUGAACGUGACAGCGUGGAAUUUGUCCGCGUGGAUGUGAACCAGAGUGGGACGGGAGCGUCCAAAGAGAAGUUCUCAUAUUUAGUCCCAAAGCUGCUGUCCAUGGAGCCUGAGAAGGGCUCUCGAGCUGGAGGAACCAGGGUGACCCUCAGAGGGGAACAUCUGGAUAUUGGCUCUCAGGUUAGAGUCAAGGUGAAUGACACACUGGAGUGCUCCAUCACAGAGAAAACAGAUGAGAUGAUUGAAUGCGUCAUGCCACCGGCCCUGCAGGCACUCGCUGAGUCAGUGGCAGUGUGUGUGGAGUUUGAAGACCAUCCUUGUAAGAAUUCAGAGCUCAGCACUAUUUACACCUACGAGAAGAACCCCACAAUCAGCUCCAUCCACCCGAAAAAGAGCUUCCUCAGCGGUGGCAGGACCAUCACCGUUUCAGGUCGGGGGUUUGAUCUGGUGCAGAGUGUCACCAUGCAAGUGCGAGAAAUUGGACAAAUGCAGGACUGUUUGGUGCUCUCCUCGUCUACAAUCAUCUGUCGAUCCCCGGCAUCCACUCAGUCCCAGGAAACCUCUGUGCAGUUUGUCCUGAACGGUGUCCUCUACACCGGAGACGGUCCUUCCUCCUCUGAUAACAAGCAGGAGGAAGAGGAUGGGGAUCUUCACAAAGGUCACUUCCUGUUAGAAUAUGUGGAGGACCCUCAGUUCUUCACAGCCAACAAGGAGAAGCUGAUUAAGCACCAUUCAGGAGAACCAUUGACCCUCAUCAUCAACAAAGUGCCGAGCGACCUGGAGCUGAUGCCGGAGGAGUACUCGGUGAUGAUUGGCUCCUAUCCUUGUAACAUCAGCUUCCAUAAUGACCAGCUGUUCCACUGCACCAUCAACGGACUGCUGAGCUCCAGCGAAAGCGAGCUGCCUGUCACAGUGCAAGUGGGGAACUUUCAUCACACUAUUGCUAAAGUGCAGCUCGGCGGCAGCGAGCUGGCCAUCGUGGUAUCCAUCGUGGUUUGCUGUGUGCUCCUACUGCUGUGCACAGUGGCUCUCGUAGUUUACUGCACGAAGAGCCGAAGGGCAGAACGCUACUGGCAGAAAACGCUCCUCCAAAUGGAGGAGAUGGAGUCCCAGAUCAGAGAGGAGAUCCGGAAAGGCUUUGCAGAGCUGCAGACUGACAUGACGGAUCUGACCAAGGAGCUGAAUCGCAGCCAGGGCAUUCCCUUUUUGGAGUACAAACAGUUUGUCACUCGCACGUUCUUCCCCAAGAUGUGUUCUGAUUACGAGAAGAGUCUGGUCCAGCCCACCUACGAGAACGACUCUCUUGGACCUCGAGUGGUUCCAGAGACCCACCCGCUGCUGCAGGACUGGCAGGCCACCAACACGACACGCCCGAACAUCGAGGAGGGCAUCACUCUGUUCUCCACUCUCCUGAACAACAAGCACUUCCUCAUCACGUUCGUCCACGCGCUGGAGCAGCAGAAGGACUUCGCCGUGCGAGACAGAUGCAGCCUGGCAUCAUUGCUCACCAUCGCCCUCCAUGGUAAACUUGAGUACUACACGAGUAUCAUGAAAGACCUGCUGGUGGAUCUGAUCGACGCUUCGGCUUCCAGAAACCCCAAACUGAUGCUGCGCCGCACCGAGUCUGUUGUGGAGAAAAUGUUGACCAACUGGAUGUCAAUAUGCAUGUACAGCUACCUGAAGGAAACGGUGGGUGAGCCUUUCUUCCUGCUGCUUUGUGCAAUCAAGCAGCAGAUCAACAAGGGCUCCAUAGACGCCAUCACCGGGAAGGCCCGCUACACCCUCAACGAGGAGUGGCUGCUGCGUGAGAACGUUGAGGCCAAGCCACAGAACAUCAACGUGUCCUUCCAGGGCUGUGGCAUGGACUCGCUGUCAGUCAGAGUCAUGAAUACUGACACCAUCUGCCAGGUCAAAGAAAAAAUCAUCGAAGCCUUUUACAAAAACCUGCCGUUCUCCCAGUGGCCACGAGCCGAGGACGUGGACCUGGAAUGGUUUGACUCAGGCAGCAACAGCAGGCUUCUGCAGGACCUGGACAACUCCUCAGUGAUGGAAGACGGGCGAAAGAAGCUCAACACAGUCUUUCAUUACCAGAUUCCAGAGGGAGCGUCGCUCGCCAUGAGCAUGAAAGACAUAAAAGGAAAUACCCUGGAGAGAGUUAAAGAUCUGGACACAGAGAAAUAUGUACACUUGGUUUUACCUCACGAUGAGCUAAUAGAGACUAAGAAGGCGCACAGACACAGCCAUCGCAAGAAAGUCCUGCCAGAAAUCUAUCUGACACGCCUGCUGUCUACGAAGGGAACUCUCCAGAAGUUCCUAGAUGACCUCUUUCAGGCCAUCCUCUGCAUUCCUCCGGAACGCCCACCUCUGGCGGUCAAAUACUUUUUUGACUUCCUGGAAGAGCAGGCCGACAAACGGGGAAUCACAGACCCAGACACCCUGCACAUCUGGAAAACUAAUAGUUUACCUCUGCGUUUCUGGGUGAACAUCCUGAAGAACCCCCAGUUUGUGUUUGACAUAGACAAGACAGAUCACAUGGAUGCCUGUCUGUCUGUCAUCGCUCAGGCUUUCAUCGAUGCCUGCUCCAUUUCUGACCUGCAGCUAGGCAAGGACUCCCCGACUAACAAACUGCUGUAUGCCAAGGAAAUCCCCGAAUACAAGAAGAGAGUCCAGUGCUACUACAAGCAGAUCCAGGACAUGUCCCCUCUGAGUGAGCAAGAGAUGAACGCUCACCUGGCCGAGGAGUCGAGAAAGUACAGAAAUGAGUUCAACACCAACCUGGCCUUGACAGAAAUCUACAAAUAUGCCAAGAGAUACAGAAACCAGGUGGUGAACGCUCUGGAGACGAACCCCACCGCUCGUCGCACUCAGCUGCACCACAGGUUCGAGCAGGUCAUCGCCCUCAUGGAGGACAACAUCUACGAGUGCUGCAGCGAAGCCUGAACCUGCCCCAAGUCUCCUCCGCUCAGCAUCUCCUCCUGCUGCCCUCCUCCCGCCCACAUGGCUAACUCGGGAAUGCCACUAAGCAGAGUUUGCUCAUGCGUGUCUUUCCCACUGACUGUUGCUGGAGCGGCAGGGCAAAGUGUUUGAACCUGCCUCUCAAGCGUCAUACAUUUGCAAACGUGUCUCCCAAAUAUUUUCCCAUGACACAGAGUUCCAAAUCUGGCUCUGCUACACUUUAAGAGGAAAUGUGAUGGAAUUCUGAGCUUUUCCUGGAUCCCUGCACAGUUACUGGGACCUACAGUAAGCCCUGGUGGCCAUUUUAACACACUGAACCCUUAUUUUUUUUAAGGGAACGAGCCAAUGAUGCACUGAACUGUAAUAUAAUGUUCAUAGCAAUAUUUAUAGAUGUGUUAUAACGCUUUGAAGAGGCCCUUUCUUCAGGAUUAGUAGGACCACGGCUGAUUCCUCUCAUCUCCUAAAGCCUGCAGCGUUCUCAGGUCUGAGUGGAAGAAGAUGGGCGACAGGCUCCCACUGGUGCUUUAAACAGGAACAUCCCAGUGUGCUUUGCAGGUUGAUGGCAGGCGGACGAGGAACGGAGAGAAGACUGAUCACUAUUAAAUCAGAUGUUUUAAUGCAGUUCACUGGGAAGAGCUGCAUCAGUAUACAAGUGUUAAUCAGCGUGCUUGUGAACGAAUGAGCGUCAUGUUGGACUGUGAUCAAUUUAAAGAGGGAAAUUUACAUUUAAGUAAAUGUUGAGCUCAAUAUAAUCGAGGAGAGACUGUAAACGUGAUGCCAAAUGAUUUGUUUGUGAAAUAAAUGACAGAAAAUUAA